AUGGAAACGAUAUUAAACACACCCACACGAAUCGGAAGCUGGUCAUCGGCUAUUUCUCCACCUCUACAAACAAAGUGUGGAUCUUUCAAGUCGAGAUUACCAACGGCAAAUUCAACAAGAAGAGUUACCAUUGCUGCAGAUCUUCAAAACUCAAACUUCCGAUGGCGGAGAGCAACAACGAGCAGAGGAAAUGUUGCAGCAGAAGCAGCUAGAGUUCCUACAUCAGUACCGGUGAGAGUGGCGCAUGAGCUAGCUCAAGCAGGGUAUCGUUAUCUCGACGUGAGGACACCAGACGAAUUCAGCAUCGGACAUCCGUCAAGCGCCAUCAACGUACCUUACAUGUACAGAGUCGGAUCAGGUGUGGUCAAGAACCCGAAUUUUCUAAGGCAGGUCAAGUCCCACUUUAGAAAACACGACGAAAUCAUCAUAGGUUGCGAGAGCGGACAAAUGUCUUUCAUGGCUUCAACUGAUCUUCUCACUGCUGGUUUCACCGCGGUCACAGACAUUGCUGGAGGAUACGUUGCCUGGGCAGAGAAUGAAUUACCAGUAGAAGAGUGA